AUGAUACACCGGAUUCUAGGUAACAUAUUCCUACUGUCCCUAGAUAACUUGGACGGAUCUGUGGAUUUGCAAAAGGAAUAUGCGAUCACUCAUGUGAUCUCAGUUUUGGAAGGUCUGGUCCCGGCGUAUCUCGCGGAGAAAUUCCAGCAUCUUCACAUCGAAGUCCAGGACCUAGAAACUGCCAACUUACUCGAGCAUUUACCCAGUGCAACCUAUUUCAUGGAUCAGGCAUUAAUCGCCAAAGAAGAUGGUGACGGGCAAAAACACCUGGGAGCGGUGUUAGUGCACUGCGCUCAAGGUGUCUCCAGAUCAGUGACAGUGAUCAUGGCUUAUUUGAUGUACAGAUAUAAGCUCAAGCUCCCCCAGGCAUUGCACGCAGUGAAAAGGCGGUCAGAGUCAGCUCAACCAAAUGACGGCUUUAUCAAACAACUUGAAUUGUUCGAGCGCAUGGGUUUCACCGUUGAUAAGCUGUCUAGCACAUACAGACAGUUCCUCGCCGAGCUCAGCUUACAAGAAGACCCAAGUGGUCAGUCACUAGCUUCAUCAAAAAUUUUCGAAAGCAACAGCAACAGCACAGAAAAAGCCAAAGGCACAUUCAACCUCAGGUGCAAGCGGUGCAGGCAAGUCCUUGCCAAUCAGGGUGAUAUAGAGACCCAUGAUAUGCCAGGAUCGGAGUCGAGACAGUCACAGUUUAUCAAGAAGGCACCAAACUCUCGCAGAAUCGUGGCAGUGGCAGAUGCAUCAAAGAAUUGCUCACAUUACUUCCUCGAGGAACCCGUGAACUGGAUGCGUGAAGAGUUGGCGGCUACAGCUGGAAAGGUUCACGCUGCUCCUGCGGAAAGUGGAUGA